AUGAGACCCGCAAAGGAACCACAAGGCAAAGAGGAGAAACCUGGAGCCAAGCGAAAAGACCAAUUCGCCACGCCGCUACAGCACCCUGACAAGGCAUGGGACCCAUGGGAACAAGUGGCCUCGAUGAAUCCCCGCAAGCGACGGUCGGCACCCAGAGGAACUCACCUGAACUCACAGAAGCUCGUCUCUGAUUACAACAACGUGCAAAGUGACAGCUUAUACGCCACGAUUCCAGUCGCCGUCGGUAGCAUGAGUCCAUUGUCGCAAGCAUCUCCGGCCGCUGCUACUUCAAUUUACGAGGAAUGUGGCCCGAAGUCCGUGAACGAUGGCGGAUACAAGGUGCCGUUGUACAAUGUGCUUCCAGAAUAUCAGAGCGACAGUCAGAGACAGGACAGCAGUCCCGUCGGCAGCUGCUCUGCGGACAGCGACGUCUUCCCAUGGAUGCGCGAUAAUCGUCCAGCAAGGAAGAAGACGAAGAUCGUAGCACCGAUAGGCCAAGCCAGCGUUGAUGGUGCCCAGCAGAAACGACCUCGAACAGCAUAUACUAACGCCCAGCUGGUUGAGCUGGAAAAGGAAUUUCACUUCAACCGUUAUCUGUGCCGACCUCGCCGCGUGGAAAUGGCAGCGCUUCUGAAUCUCACGGAGCGCCAGAUUAAAAUAUGGUUUCAAAAUCGCCGCAUGAAGCAAAAGAAGGACAACAGAGCAAAGGGUAUUUUCACGGAGGACAGCACUGAAAGCCCGACACAUAUCACACGUUCAUCUUGCUCUCCUGACUCUCCUCCGUCUGGAGCAACGGCCCCACUGCGCUCGUCUCACAAUUACAGACAUGCUUGUGCCUCUGUUUCCAGCACUGGUUCGGCACUAGACGGAAGCCCCCCAGGAGAUGACGAGACCCCGUCUUCCAGAUUUCCGAUGCGGCUAGGAAGACAUCAAUGCCACGGUGGACAUGGCACGUACACGGGUCACUGCCUUGGGAGUCACGUAGGUCAUGCGCAGCUAAAUUCAGGCCCACUGCCAUCGUACGAAAGUAUAUCGCCGGUAGAACAACAACGUGUGCCAUGCCAUCCUGUCCAAGAUGAAUGGUACAGGACGCAGAACCAGUCGUACGUCGCACAGCCACCUACACAAACAACGACAAAGCCUGGACCACCAUCUCCGAACACAGCAUCGCGAACACCAAAGCAAAUGUGGCAGGAGUCUGCGAAUUCGUAUGAUCCGUAUUAUCAAGGAACCGUGCAUUAUGCACAAGUGGCCAAUGCGGCGCAUCAUGGCAACGGUGUCGGGCAACAGUUGAACUGGAACUAUCAGCAAACCCAAUACGUCCCAUAUGCUUACUGGGGCUAG